AUGGAUACCCUCUCGGUUCCAGAACUGAGCGAGCUGAGGGAGCGAUAUGUAUAUAACAUCUCCCCAUGGCCGGUACCUGCAAAGAAGGGAUUGAGAAUAUUUUAUCCCCAUCAGCACUCAGGUGGCCUAUCAGAAGACAGCGGGAGUGAGGCUCGGAUGACACCGAUAUCGAACCACCCAGACAGGGAGAAGAUCGCCCUCGACAUCUCAGCGCUGAAGAAGCAAUAUUGGAAGUUGAGGGAGCGGCAGAGGCAGGCUCAUAUUAUUCUCUCAGCUGCGUGCCGGAGUGAGAGCUACAACUCCCAGGCGACGCCAGCACUGAACCACCUCCUCCUGGGUAAAAGUGCCCUCAAAAGUGUGAAAGGUCGGCCCAAGAAGGAAGGAGAAACCCUUCACUGGAAGGAUACCAAAAAAUCUGCUACGACUUCCUCGACCGCUUCAACCUCACUGACGCCUCCCUCUCCUGAAGAAGAGCCGAAAGCGCAGAGUAGGAGGGAUAGUAGUUCUAGUAGCAGCAGUAGCAGCUCGACGGAACUCUGCGACUCCUCGGAAAGCGAGGCUGAAGAAGCGGCCAAAAAACGGGACGACCUGAUGAGGAUCUUGAAAGAGAACUCGGAGAUCCUUGGCAGGUUCAAGACCAGCAAAGAAGAAGAACCUGAAGACAUCAGGGACAUCAGGAGGAGGUAA